GACUUAUGUCAGGUAUGUGGAAUGUAAAAUAGAAUGUGCGACGUGUAAUUUCAGCUUUUAUGAAUAAAAUGCAGGUUUGAAUCGGAAAAUGAAAACUGAAAUCAUUAAAAAAAUAACUUAUUUAAUCGACCUUUUGUUUAGCUGAUAAGUUAUUUACAAAAACUGAAACAAAUAAUUUUUAAGUGAUUGUUUAUCUCAAGAUUAUCCGACUUAUUAUUUCUUUUUUUUUAAAUAACAAAAUCUGUGAUAAUUAUUGAAGAAUACGUGUGAUGUGUAGAACUGAAUAAAUUGAUAAAAAUGUUAUACGGAAAAUUAAGAAUCCACACUUGCAGAGUAAUCCUUUUAACCUCCUUAGCAUGGUUCUUGAUUGAUGUUGUGGUACUCUCUUUUUAUUCAGAUUGCAUAGGUGGUAGCUGCAAGAAAGUAGAUAACAUACAAGCGGAACCAUUAGUGGAAGAUGAAAUUUUUAAUGAUAGAGUACAAGAAGAUACAUUAAAUGAACCUAACAAUGGUAUAAAUGGUGUUUCUAAAACUUAUGCACCUAAGACUUUGAGGCGAUGGAGACCUGCUCCUGUAGUACCCCCUGUGUCAGGAAAAGUUGGGGAAAUGGGAAAGCCAGUUCACAUUCCCCCUGAACAAGAAGCACUAAUGAAAGAAAAAUUUAAAUUGAAUCAGUUUAAUUUGUUAGCUAGUGAUAUGAUAUCCUUAAAUCGAUCCUUGGUAGAUGUUAGAUUGGAAGGAUGUAAAACUAAAAAGUAUCCUACACUACUUCCUACGACAUCUAUAGUGAUAGUUUUUCACAACGAAGCAUGGUCUACACUCCUAAGAACUGUUUGGAGUGCAAUUAACAGAUCUCCUAGACCUCUUCUAAAGGAAAUCAUUUUAGUUGAUGAUGCUAGCGAAGGAGCGCACUUAGGUAGAAAGCUAGAAGAAUAUGUGGCGAAGCUUCCUGUACCUGUACAUGUAUUUCGUACAGAAAAAAGAUCUGGUUUGAUAAGGGCGCGUCUUUUGGGUGCCAAACACGUCAAAGGACAGGUGAUUACAUUUUUGGACGCCCAUUGCGAAUGUACGGAAGGGUGGUUGGAACCUCUUUUAGCUAGAAUAGUAGAAGAUCGGAAAACUGUUGUUUGUCCGAUUAUUGAUGUUAUUUCAGACGAAACUUUCGAAUAUAUAACAGCUUCGGAUAUGACAUGGGGUGGAUUCAAUUGGAAAUUGAAUUUUAGGUGGUAUAGAGUACCACAAAGAGAGAUGGAUAGGAGAGGUGGUGACAGAACGUCUCCAUUAAGAACACCUACAAUGGCAGGGGGAUUAUUUUCUAUCGAUAAGGACUAUUUUUAUGAAUUGGGGGCUUACGAUGAAGGAAUGGAUAUUUGGGGAGGUGAAAACUUGGAAAUGAGCUUUAGGGUAUGGCAAUGCGGAGGCAUCUUGGAAAUAAUCCCUUGUUCUCACGUGGGACACGUGUUCAGAGACAAGUCCCCCUAUACUUUCCCCGGUGGAGUAUCAAAAAUAGUUCUCCAUAACGCCGCUAGAGUGGCCGAUGUUUGGAUGGACGAAUGGCGAGAUUUCUAUUAUAUUAUGAAUCCAGGUGCGAAGAAUGUUCCGGUUGGUGAUAUAACAGCCAGAAAGGAAUUGAGAGAAAAGUUGCAAUGCAAAAGCUUCAGGUGGUACUUGGAAAAUGUGUAUCCCGAAUCUCAGAUGCCUUUGGACUAUUACUAUCUCGGAGAUAUUCGUAACGUAGCAAAUAGAAAUUGUCUUGAUACUAUGGGAAGAAAAUCAGGCGAAAACCUUGGAAUGACCUUUUGUCAUAAUUUGGGUGGUAAUCAAGUUUUCGCUUACACGAAACGACAACAAAUAAUGUCGGAUGACAACUGUUUGGACGCCAGCUCAAGAACUGGUCCUGUUAAAUUAGUUAGGUGCCAUGGAAUGGGUGGAAACCAAGCAUGGUCCUAUGAUGAAAUUGAUAAAACUAUCAAGCAUGUCAAUACAGGAAGUUGCCUUACACAACCGGACACGAGUGACGUUAACCUACCUCUUCUAAAAGCUUGCGAUUUCAGUCCCGGUCAACAAUGGAUAAUGAACAGCGAUUUCAAAUGGCAAGCUAAAAAUCACGUAGAAGAAAGUUAGGAUAUGCAAAGUCUAUAUCGAUAUCAACAAAUAAAACUUGUGAUAUUCUUGUUAGUAAUGUUCCCAUUAGUCGUGGAACGAAUAACCAGGAAAAAUUGCAAUAAGCAAUUAACUUAAUUAAUUGUUGUUUUGGACACGUUAAAUACCUUUUCGGGAUCAAUUCAUAUUUUUGUACAAAAGUUUUCUGAUACAUUCAUUUCGAUAAAACGAAAAACUUGGUAUAUCACUGUUUUUAUCCCGAAAAAUUAUUUAGUUUGUGCCAUUCGAAUUGUAUUUCAUAUUUAUUACGUACAUUUGUUAUUUUAAAAUGUUCCAGAGGAAAUUGACCGAAUUUAAAACAAUAUAUAUUUUUUUUACAAUUAAUUUUCUAUUUAUUAGUUUAUUUAUAAAAUUUUAUUCGUUCCUUUAGUUUUUUUAUAGCGAUUAGCAUACCUUCCUGAUAAUAAGACUUUUUAGGUUGUUAGUGGGUGAAAAUUUGAAAUGACUGCCAUUUGUAAAUAUAGAAUUUUUAAUAUGAAAACAUAAAAUCAUCUUAAACUGUAACACGGAUUUGAUAUAUCACAUUUAGUUGACUGACUUGGAUUGUGGUAACUGGAUCUUGAAUAAAAAGCAUAUCAUUAUAUCGAGAAGUAUAUACAAAUGAUAAAAACUCGACUAACCUCAAUCCAAGACAUGCAAAUUAUCUUCUUCUCUCUGAACACUUUGUUACGUCUCUUUAAACAUCAGAAUAUCCAUUUUUAACAUACAUUCCUUUGUCGGAUUAUUUUAUCCUUCCUUCCUUCCUCUUUCUUAUCCUAACCAAGCUCCCCCAGAGGUUUUCCUUUCCUUCUCUUCUUAUAUCUUUUCUUUCCGUAACAUCUUCCAACUAUUUUGUUUCCUAUUGGUCUCAUUUCUUAUACUGUCCUCCCUAGUUUAUUUCUUUCAUCCCGAAUAUUGUUUUAUCAGUAAUAAUUAAAUAAUUUUUAUUUUUUGUUACGAAUAAUUAUUAAAAAUAUGAUUUUUUCAAAAUAUACAAGGUGUAAAAGAUCUUUGCAUACACCUAUUACACAAUUCCCAAACCGAUUCAAGUAUUCUCUUAUUUUGGUCACUAUGUAAUUUGGUAUGGGCAAUUAGUAUUAUUGGACGAAUGUUUUGAGAUAUUUUCAAAAAAAAAACUUCUGCCAGAAACUAUUUUAAAAUUUUUUGUAUCUACUAGUGACAACAACAAAAAUAUUUUAAUUUCUCUAAUACUUGUAUGUGUUUCACUAGCUUCUGAGGAUAAUAUUUUUUUGAAAUUUUCUCAAAUCGUUCUUCUGAUAAUAAUAACCGACCAAGUUAAAAUUUAUUGAAAUUACAUGAACCGUUUUGAAUUUAUAAUAAAAAACAAUUUCAAAUUUUUAAUAUGUAUACUAAAAAUACUUUGGAAAUAAGUUUAUUUAAAUCGGUUAAGGUGAAACACAUUGUAUAUAACAUUUCUGAAUUAGAAUCACGUGGAAAACUUUUUUUUUUAUUAUUGGUUAGGUCAAAAAUUUGGAAUACAACUAUCGGGUAUCAAUUUUUGUAAACCAUAUACGAGGUUUGUAUAAAAAUACUAAUUUUAUUCAUGAGCACAUUCCUUAUUAAUUAUUCUGACUUUAUAUAAUUUAAAUUCAUCUAGGACGUACUAACAUGAAGUAUUUUACACCAAUAGUAUUUCAAGUUGUGGGCAAAGUUAAACUUUUUAACAAGGAUGAAAUAUGAAAAAAGUUUCCAUACAACAUUUAGUCUCUAUUUUUCUUACUAGUUUGUACACGCUUUUGUAUUUGUUGUUAACAAUUUAUAAGUUUAAAGAAAAUGCAGAAUAUUUGAAAAAUUAUUAUUUAAUCGAAUAACAUUUACCAGAACCUAAUUGUACUAAAUGAUAAUUCAUAUGAGUCAAUUCUAAUUUAUGUAUGUCUCGUUUUUAUAAAAAAGAAACUUCCAAUUAUUUUUUUAUACAGAUUUUUUUACAUUUUGACUCAUCCAAGAGUGGUCAAACCAUUAGGCAACAGUUUCUGAUUUCGAGGUUAUGUUUUUGACCUCACUGCAUGCUCUAAUUGUUUUAUUAACUUUCAGUUCACACUUUUUACUGUUUUUACAAACUUACAAGCCUAUAUUGUUAGUUUGUAUUUUUAAAACGUUCUGAAUCGUUGAAUUCGUUUUAGAAAAAUAGAAAGUGAGUGAAACCAUUAGGUCAAGCAGUGUUUUUAUUAACAUAACCUAGAAAUUUUUUACCAUUGUGUAAGAUUUAUCAUAGAGUAAAAUGAAUCUGUCAUUAUGACCGAAAGGUUGUGUCCUAGGCUAGUGCCGGAGUGCAAGAAAGUUCUACUGUUGAUGACUGAAAGAAUCAGCUCAACUCACUCGACAAACAAGGUUUGGCCAAACCCACCAAUGUGCCCAGAACUCAUUUCUGGUGUAGCAAAAAGUCUCUAAUAAUCUGCUUACAAGUCAUCUGUUAGUGCCCAGCACUUCAUGAACGCUUGGACAACCUCAUGACUUCAAAAGGUACAAGUCAAAGCGCCUGAUCGGAUUUUGGUAAUGUAAAAGGGCCUAUCAGAUAACGGUCAUUGGUCACCUACUAUGAACUAUUAAAUCAAAGACUAAAUACUUAAUUAUUAUGCGACUAGACUAUAAAUAGUGAAGGUUUUUUUAGGUUGAACGAAUUUUACAUAAAAGAAAACCAGUUUGGGAAAAAUAUGAACUGAAUAUUGACAAUAAUGAUCCUGAGGAAUAUUAUGGCUGUUGAUAGGUUACAAUCUACAACGUUAAUAAGAUUUUAUUUAAAAUAAAAGGAAAAGUCUCUUCGACAAAAUUUUUGUUGUGACUUAAUAUAAAAAUAAUAUGAAAGUGUGUGACAUACUGUAAAUUCUUUUUUUUUAUUAUUAAAAAUAAUGAAAGUUUUUGAUAAAUCGAUGUGAAGGGUAUAAAAAAAGUACUAAAUCAAUUUUCGUAUCCCAAAUUUGGUCUAAUUUCAAAAUUUACCUUAUUUUUUAAAAAAAUGUUCUAUUACACAAACUGUAGAUUAUCUAAAUAUGUAAAUAAAAUAUCUUAAGGUAUUUUCUAUUCUCAAUAUUGUAUAUAUAACUAAUUAUUAUACAUAUAUGUACCUCGAAGGUAACUUUUAAUAUACAGGGUAUAACACAAUGGUGUUGAAUCAACAUGUACAUCGAAAACUAUAGGUUCAUAAUUUCUUUUGAAUUUUUGAUUAAUCUACUGUUGAUUUUAAUAUAAUUUCCUAGAGAAUAUGAUAUUUCUAUUCGAAUUUUCAGUUAUUUCAACUUUUCUGAAAAGCAAAAAAGUACUAAUUUAACGAUUUUUGAAAAAAAAUUGAAUUUCUUUGUGGUUAUUCGAAGUAUCGGUGGACUUUUCUGGGGAAAACUAUUCCUAUAGAAGUUCACAUUUAAGAAUAAUUAUAAGGGAAGCUUUUGUUGUGGUACAAAACCUAUCCGGAUAACACAGAGGAAAAGUUUCGCAGACAUUUUCCAUUAAUGAUAAAUUUUCCAAAUAAGAUCAAAUUUUUUUAUGAAAACUUCAGUCUUUACGUCUGAUCUAUUAAUCCCAAUCAACAAAAUCUGCACGCCACAUUAUUUGCUAAGUCUAGCGUCUUAAAGUGUCCAUUGAGGACCUGAUAGGACUCCUGUUAGUAUUCGUAAGAUGUUCUGAUACAUUCAAUAGAUCCCAGGAGAGUCUUUGCCUGCCUCAGCCUCUGUGGGUUGUCCCAGUAAUUGAUUUUACCUCCAUGCAUCUUCUUUCCCAAUUAUUUUCCUGUAGCUGAUACCACAGAAGGAGUCAAGAUAUUUCAUUCCGUUGUGUAUCCCGGAAUCCAUUGCAGAGUAAAUUUAUUCUUGUAUCUCGUUUAAUUAUAACCAAACAUUGAACAUUUUCCAAAGAUUCAGAUAGUUUCAGAGACAGAGUUUGUAUACAGUUCUGCUAUUAUUUGAACUAAUAGACAAAUAUUACUAAUAGAUUCCGAUAUACAUAUCGACUCAUUUUGAUAUACCCUGUACACUUUCAUAACUAUUGCAAACAAGGAAUAGUGAAAUUCCAAAUAAAUUAAUGAUAACUUUGGAUUAGGGUGUCAAUAUAGUAAAUGGAUCUUCAAACUAACUAAGAUACAUUUUUUAGAAUCAAAAAUUGAAAAAUAAAAAAUUGGGUUGGAAAAUUUCUCUAUUUUCCUUAUUACAUUUGCAAUAAAAAGUUUACGGUACAUUUAUUUAAGCAAUACUAUAAGGUCUAAGGUACAGAUACGUUAUACAAUUAACUACAUACUUAAAUAUAUGUUAAUUAAGUACAGGGUGAAUUAUAUAUGUUGACUAUAUCGGUAUAAUAUUAUUAUGUUUCAUUAUUUAAUCAAUAUUCUUUUUGUACUUGAAAAAUUAUGUCACCCUGUAUUUAACUGAAACAAAUCACUUCAAUUAAUUUUAAAUUUAUUAGAAAUGAAACAAUGACAGUUAGUUGAUCAUUUUCCUAUCAUCAGAGCAGCAAAAAAUAUACAAAUCCUGUUUUGUAUUAACAUCAAUAUUAUAUUUUUCUGCAACCCUGUAUGAUAUUGGAGGUCAAUGUUUUAAUACAAAAGAAGAUUUAAGAAAUAGAGUCAGACAUGUUUUGAUUUUAUUUCGAUAUUUUUCUGUUCCCGAAAUGACUUUAAUUAGCUGUCAUAUCUUAUGAUUUCACUAAUUCAACUAGAAAGAUUAGACAAAACUAGUAUGUAUAUAAAAAUUAGUAUUCAUUUGAAUAUUUUUAUAUAUAAAUAUAUAUUUGGUACUGCUGGUGGUAUUCAUACUGAAAAUACUAACGAUUACUUUAUCUGGUCCUUCGAGCCGGAUAAAAAACAACCUAUAGAAAGCUCCACGAGAUAAAACAAUGUAAUUGUGAGUGUUGUAGUGGUAGUAAACAGUUUUAAAUUCUUAUUUAAAAAAAAAAACAUUCAAAUUUUCCAUUAUUUCUAAUUUUAGUGUGAGCAAUUUAUUUUUUAUUAAUAAAAUCUGUAAAUAUUUGUAUAUUAAUAGAGGAAUAUAUUAACAACGUAUACGUUACAGGGUACUAUUGAAAAAAAAAUGUAAAUUAAAAAUGUCUAAUCUAUUUAGUUAAAUUCCAACGUUUUUAUUAUUUUUAUUUAUUACAUAUAAUAAAAAUAUUAUCAAAUAGUAUCAAUUGAUAAACUAAUUCAAGUUUUUUUUGUAGAAUAAUAAACUACAAAGUUAAAAAUUAUCCAAAGGGGAGAAAAAAUUAUAGAAGAUGUGGAAGCCAAAUUCAUAGUUUCCUUCAAGAUUGAUCGGAGUCCCACCUUUCCUUAUUUAAGUGCUAUUUCUUGUUCUAGAGCUUUUUUUCUGGGAAUAAAUCAGCCAAUACUCACUAGGGAAUGAAUCUGAAGAA